GCAUUGCUUCCCGAAACUACAAACGGCUGCUUUUAGGACCCAGACCCGAAAAGAGCUGCGCGGCGAGAAAAGAGAAAAGCAGCAGAGAGAACUUCUGAGCACAGAGAAAAUAAGGGAAGAAAAAAGGAAAGAGUUUUUAGGGGUUUUGUUGGUUUGGUAAUGACUCGCUUGAGCAUCGAACAGAUUUUAAAGGAUAAACAGAGCCUCAAUCCUACCUCCAUUACUUCUCUCUCGCUCACUCACAGAGCUCUCUCCGAUGUCUCUUGCUUGAGCCAAUUCACCAACUUGGAGAGGCUGGACCUCGCCUCCAAUAGCCUCACUUCGCUCGAGGGAUUGUGUUCUUGCGUGAAGUUGAAGUGGUUAUCAGUUGUGCAAAACAAAUUGCGAAGCUUGAAAGGAAUUGAAGGACUUUCUAAUCUCGCUGUGCUAAAUGCAGGCAAAAAUAUGCUUAGAUCAAUGGAUGAGGUUAGCUCACUUGUGAGCUUACGAGCUUUGAUUUUAAAUGACAAUGAGAUUGUUUCCAUUUGCAAGCUGGAUCAAAUCAAAGAACUGAACACGCUCGUUCUUUCCAGAAAUCCAAUCCGUGAAAUUGGUGAAUCACUGGUCAAGGCAAAGUCUAUUACAAAGCUUUCUCUUUCAAAUUGCGAACUUCAAAGCAUUGACUCAUCACUUAAGUCUUGCAUUGAGCUGAAAGAGCUUCGACUUGCUUAUAAUGAUAUUAAGACUCUCCCAGCUGAGUUGGCUUAUAAUAAAAAACUCCAGAAUUUGGACUUGGGAAAUAAUGUGAUCACAAGAUGGUCAGACGUGAAGGUGCUGAAUUUCUUAGCUGAUCUAAAAAACCUCAAUCUACAAGGAAACCCUAUUGCUGAAAGGGACAAAUUAGCCAAGAAGGUCCUUAAAUUGUUGCCAAAUUUGCAUAUAUUCAAUGCUAGACCAGUAGAUAAAAGCAUCAAGAAAGGAGAUAGUGGCCGGGUUGAUAAUGCAGAUGAAGUUUCGGUUAUCCCUGCUAAUGAGCUAGAAGCCCCCAAGGGAAAGAAAAAAGAUUCCAUGAGGGAAAAUAAACUCUCUGAACAUGAGAUUGAUCAAAGUAGAGGCGGUCAUCUUGGUAAUCUGAGUGAUGCUAAUAAAAAGCGGGAUUUAAAGAAAAAGAAGAAGGUGGAGGAGAAACUCUCAUGUAAAGAAGUUGUUCCAGGCUAUGGAGGGGACAAUAUGUCUGAAAGGAAACUAAAGAGAAAAACAUCACAGGAGCAAAAUAAUGGUGAUGAUAACAUUUUGGAGGACUUGAAGCAGAAGAGGAGGAAAACAGAUGAUAAAUUUUUGAAGAAAGAUGUCAAAGUCCAAGGGGAUGACAAGAGCACCGUGGAAAAGAAACCCAAGAGUAAAAAAUCAAGGGAGGAGCAAGGUGAGCUUGAUGUAAUUGAUAACGGAGAAACAUCAUUUGCAGACCUUUUUGCUGUCAAUGCUGCAGAAAGUCCCAAACUUGGUGAUGAAAAGAAAAUGGUAGAUAAAGCUGAAGAUGCAAGUUCUAUGGGCGGCGGUUUGGUAGCCUCUGCAAAGAAAAAGAUAACUAAAAACCGAGGAAGAGGUGCUGCUGUCCAGUUGCCUGCAGCAGUUGAAGUUGGAAUGGGUGGUCCAUCAACGUGGGCUGAUGAGUAAUUAUUUUACAAUGUUUAUGGUUCCAGAGGAUUCAUUUUCAGAUUAAGCAGGUCAAAGGCUCCUGCUUCCGCUUCUCCAUUUACGCCUCAACAAAUGUGUAAAAAGGUUAGCUUGACGGCCUGCUAUUCCAGUUUGAACCUUCGGACUUGUAAAAUUUACCAUUUGGAUAAUCAGACUUGCGCUCUAUAACUCACAUUACCAAGAUGGCAUGAUUAUUUACUCUAUUUUUUGACA